AGGCUCAAGCCCUCUAAAUUGGAUAAGUGGUUUAGAAAAUGGAUGGACAUUAGCUACUUAACGCUUGUUUUUACUUUGACAUUCUACUUUGAACUUCUUCUCCUUAAACGGCAGCUUUUGUGACUCAUCCAGACCAAAAACAUGCAUGGAUAAAUAUUCUGUACAUUCAGUGGCGCAGUGUAAGAGGAAAGACUCUGGUCAAGGAUGUUUUAGUGACUGGAGCUGUACGUGAAAUUCAAGUGCUCAAAAUCUGCAGCUUGUUCAGAGCUUGUGCUUGAAAACAGAUGAAGAAGUGACAGGCAUGUACUUCUUUGGGAUUCACCUGCAUGUUAUAACAGCGUUUUGACCUCCAGGGCUCCACCCUGUCACAUGACUAAAAAUUAUUAGUAUUUAUUAUUCAUUAUCAAAAUGUGUUCCAGUUGUAAAUAUGAAUGCAAAUGCUCAUUUGUUCAUUGGGAAGGGUUGACACUUUUGCUGUAUUUGAACUCUGCGCUGUAACUGAGUAAAGUUUGUAGCAACAUGUAGCACAAACAUUUCUGUUGUGGCUCCGUUUCCCCGCGGCUCCGUAAUUAGUUUCCAUUAUCUUUGUCUCCAGGUGCGCUUUGUCAGGAACGUCACCUCAUGGAGAGAGAUGAAGCCCGGCUUCUACCACGGCCAUGUAGCUUAUCUGGACUUCUCAAAAUAUGGCGUGAAAGGUAAACCACUGUACAUCAAUGUCGUGCGUGAUCCCAUAGAGCGCCUUGUAUCGUACUACUAUUUUUUACGUUUUGGAGAUGACUACAGACCAGGCCUUCGACGAAGGAAACAAGGAGACAAGAAGACCUUUGAUGAGUGUGUGUCAUCAGGUGGGUCUGACUGUGCUCCGGAGAAACUGUGGUUGCAGAUCCCUUUCUUCUGUGGUCACUAUUCAGAGUGCUGGAACGCGGGCAGUAGAUGGGCUCUGGAACAGGCCAAAUACAACCUGGUAAACGAGUACCUGUUAGUGGGAGUAACGGAGGAACUCGAGGACUUCAUCAUGAUCCUGGAGGCAGCACUCCCACGCUUCUUUAAGGGAGCCACAGAUCUCUACAGAACAGGAAAGAAAUCGCACCUUAGGAAGACCACAGAGAAGAAGCCCCCCACCAAAGAGACAAUAGCCAAGUUGCAGCAGUCAAACAUCUGGAAAAUUGAAAAUGAAUUUUACGAGUUUGCACUUGAACAGUUUCAGUUUGUGCGUGCCCACGCCGUCAGGGAAAAAGACGGAGAACUCUUUGUCCUUGCACAGAGCUUCUUCUAUGAAAAGAUCUACCCCAAAGUGAACUAAAAGUCUCAACAGAAAAGCAUUACAGGGACAAGUCGUGUACACUGGGAAAGUACGAGACAUUAAGCAGUGCUGGUUUCACUGGGGUCUAGUUGGGAAAUCCUUUCAGACACUGUGGUGGAAUUUCUACUUUUUUAUUGCUAGUGCAGCUGUUGAGAAAACGAAGGUGUCAGUCUAUACUGUGAGAAAGAAUUUCCCAAACCUUAAGACAAGAAGGGUUUUUUACCAUGUUUGAUGUUUGGGUGGACUUUCAAAAUAAAAGCAGGAAACCUCAACUACUUUAGCAGCUUCAAAACAGUGUUUAAAAAAGUGCAGAUAGUCGCGGCUACAUUCCUACAUGCUGUGUUAACAUGUUUUUGGACCAAAUUGUAGCAAAAGAAAACAGAUUGGAUCAUUGCAUCCUUUGAUGCGUGACUGGUAAUUUUUUAUUCCACUGAGAUCGUCUCAAUUUUUACAUGUGUCACACAUUAUUUCAGUGAUUUAUCACAGAUAUUAAUGUGCAUGUUUUUUCUUAAAAGACAGCUGCUGUUCUUUUGGGGUUUUUUUAGUCUGAAAGGACAACCUGGAGUAGGAGAAAGGUACUAAUGACUAACAGCUGGAAUGUUUGAGUACAGUAUUACUCCAAGCAAGAAGAAACUGAUAGUGCCUUUAUAUUAAAGUACAGAACAUUUCUUUAAUAUUAUUUUUCCUCUGAUCCCACAUUCACUUUCCUUUUAUUUUGGCGCAUUGCUUCUAUGAUUACUGUUUUCCACUCUCCACACUCUGAAUAUAAACAAAUAACUGCAAGUUUGUGUGAUGAAUUUUGUGAAUAAGUUUGGUUGGCUUUUAAAAAGUGAUUUACUUGUUUUAUGCAACUUUAACCAAAUGAUACAGUCCCAGUCAGCAGUCCUGAAACCAGAGCAGACUUAGACCAGAGUUCUGUAGUAUGAAAUGACUUCGACAUACCCAGGAUAUAUUUCACAUACUGUAACAGUGGCAAUCAAGCUAUAAGCAGUAACACAAAAGUGUUGAUAAACUCCAUCCAAGCUAUGAGCACGUUCAUAUGAAAGGAGUGUUGGCUGUGUGCCUGAGAUGUAGACAAGUCCACUGACAUCAGAGCGAGGGAUUUUUACAAAGGAAGAUAAAACUAUAACAUUACAGUAGCAUGAAGAAAUUACACAAAUAACACACGUUGGAACUGGCACAGCUGCUGCAGACACAUCAGCAGUAUGAGUGUCUUGAACAGCAAAAGCCCUGUGUAAAUGUUUAUGGACUUUGGAUGGUAAAGCUAGAAAGGAGCUGCUGUAUUAAUGAAAUGCCAGGAAAGAAAGCCGCAAAAAUGCAGACUGUGAAAGUUGACUGUGUAUUAAUACUCUGUGUAUUAAUACUGGAGACAUUGAUUAUUUCAUUAAAAUUGAUAUUUACAUGAGUUUAAGAUAGUUUUAGAAUUAAAAUCUAUUAAAAUUUAUGUCCAGAAAAUGAUAUGUUUCAUUUUAGGAUCAUGCAUUCAGGGGCAUAGAACAGUUGAGAUUAAAAUUGUUUGCAGCCAGUAAGCAAGAAAAAGAAGAAAAAAAAAUCAAGGUUCACCUAAAUUCACUUAAUACUUGUGUAUAUAAAGGAUUUUUCCAUUGUUGUUCAAUUGUA